AUGGUCAUUCAAGCAGCCAUGCGAGUGCAACGUGUUGUGAAGAGCGUCUGCAAGUGCUGGAACCCGACUAUCUGUCUCCUGGUGACCUUGCUUGGAUCUCUUGUUUUAGUGGCUCUCAGUGUGCUGUUGCGAUUAGGGGAUGUCAAAAUAACUAGACGUGCUGCACCCACCAGUGACCUGCAAUAUCCAGUGAGGAAGUAUUACCAAGUGCGACUGGCAAAUGGGCUCAACAGAUGUGAAGGCCGCGUGGAAGUGUACUACAAUGAUUACUGGGGCACAGUUUGCGAUGACGACUGGGACAUUUUGGAUGCCCAAGUCGUGUGUCAGCAGCUGGACUGCGGAGUGGCUGUGGCCAUGGACAGCAACUCAAAGUACGGGCAAACCUUGAUACCCAUUGUGCUGGAUAACGUGGACUGCGAGGGGAGUGAAACAAACCUUGGUCACUGCGACAGCCUGGGCUGGGGCGUCCACAACUGUUACCACCAUGAGGAUGUGGCGAUCAAAUGUCGAGAACCACUGGUGGUAGGAGCAAAAGCUUCGGGGGAUAUUACAACACCACCUCCACAGAAUGCAAUCUUAGAUGGCAGCGUACGUCUAGUGGAUGGAAGGGACAUCUGCCAGGGCCGCGUGGAAAUCUACUAUCAAGGACGCUGGGGGACGGUGUGCGAUGACGACUGGGAUGCAAGGGAGGCCGAGGUCGUUUGCCGGCAGUUAGGUUGUGGCCAGGUCGUUUCCGCUCACACCAACUCCUACUUUGGUUACGGCACCGGCCAUAUUCUUCUGGACAACGUGAACUGUAUGGGCAGUGAGGAGCAACUGGCUCAAUGUACAAACCUUGGUUGGAGCAACCACAACUGUGGCCAUCAUGAAGAUGCUGGGAUCACCUGCUCUGGUACAGAACCCACCCCAACUUUGCCUUCCGUUUACCCUCCCGCUGGAAGCCAAGGGUCGACCCGAUCCACACAGGAAAUGGCAGUAACAAAUGUUGAUGUCACAGCUACAGACUUGAAAACUAUUUCCACCACUGCUCAGACAAAAGCACAAAUGGCUAUUCGUGUGGUGGAUGGAGAAGACAGCUGCCAGGGUCGUGUAGAAGUGCAGUACGAUGAUGUAUGGGGCACAGUGUGUGACGACGGCUGGGACAUGGCCAAUGCCAUAGUGGUGUGUCGGCAGCUUGGCUGUGGCAUGGCUCUUGAAGUGAAAUUGCAGGCCUAUUAUGGCUAUGGUACAGGUCCCAUCCUGCUGGACAAUGUACAUUGUACUGGUGAAGAAACACAUCUCUCCAUGUGCGCCCAUUCCGGCUUGGGUCAACACAACUGUGGCCAUCAUGAGGAUGCUGGAGUUACCUGUACACCGGUUACACCCUUCACAGAUUUUACCCGGGACUUUAGAGCAACAGAUGAGAUAGCCUCUGGGAAUCCCACCACCCCCAUGCCAUCUACUGAAGGCAAGUCUACACAUCAAUACAGUAUCAUGCAAAUUUGCUUAGCUAUUUGA